CUUCUCUCUCUCUCUCUUUCUAUUGAAAUGGGAAAUGCAAUCAGGACUCCAUGCUUUCAAUUACACAACACAAACUCAUCAUCAUCAUCAUCAGUGAAUCUCAUCUUCUGGGAAGGCACAACAAGAUCCCUGAAGGGAAAACACAUAGCUGGUGAGAUCAUGUUUGAGUUCCCUGACAAGAUCGUGUGCCAUGCAGACUCUUUCUUCAUUGGCCACCCCAUCCCUGCUUUGUCCAUAGAUGAUGAACUCAUGCCAGGCCAAACCUACUUUGUUCUCCCCAUUGACCUCUUUGCAUGCCACACCCUCUCAGUGGCUUCCAUUUCUGCCCUUGGAUCUUGCCCUAACAAGUCCCCCAUCAAGUUUGGGGCAUGCCCUUUUGAGUACCUCAAGGGUUCCAAUGGAAGGGUCCUCAUCAAGGUCAUGCCAGAGUUCAUCACUAGGCUCAUAAGUGGAGACAAAGAGAAUAAUAUUGGACCCCCUGGUAGCCCCUCCAGUUUUCUGUGUAGCACUCCUGAGUUGCAAAAGCACUAUGAACAGCUUGUCAAGUCUAAGGACCAGGUGUGGUCUCCUAAGCUUGAAACCAUUUCGGAAUACAAGAUUAGGUUUUCGCCAUGCAGAUUCAUAGGGUUAGAGUGGAAAGAAAAGGAAAAGUCAGAAGGAGAAAUGUUUACUAGAGAUAAUUUUUGAUGAGAAGUAUGAGAAUCGAACUCCUAAAGAAACUUAACUUCAGUGUACUCCGAGAAGUUGAGCAUGGGAAAGCAUAGUGUGUCAAGAGGAAAUCCUAGGGUGCAUUGCAUCUCAUCAAGUAAAUAUUUUGGUGAGGACGUUCUCCUAGGAAGGCUUCCCCCAAUUGUUCUAUAAAUGCUGCAAAACCCAUGUUAUGCAUAUUAUUAGAUUGAUAGCAGGAAAUAGAAUAACACAGUUGUUAUUGUAUGAUUAAGUAUUACAUAUACAUACUUUAUUUCACAAUACUUUUUUCUCUUUAUCUUACACUUUUCUUUUUAUCUCUCUCCUUAUCGGUAAAAGUUAUGACAAGAAUGUGAAAUAGGAGUGACAUUACUCUUCAAAAUAGGAUCCAAUAUAAACUAGCUAAUAAAAUGGAUUUUAUAUCAUCUAUUCAUUGUAUAAUAGCAAAGAAUAUA